ACGCUGUGCCCUCAUGGCUGGAGCAGCCCCACGGUGCCGUCCCCAUGCCACUCCCAGGGGGGUCCAUCCAUGCCCCUUGGAGUGCCCUGGGUGGGGGUAUGGGUGCAGGGGUGGUGGCUGGUAAGCCCAUCCCACCCCAGGGCUGGUGCUGGGUGAUCGCACUGCUCCAAGAGCCUGCUCCUUCCUUAUCUCCAGAAGUUCAUGCCUAAUUUUUGGCACCAACCGGGGCGAUUCCCCCAUUUUGGGGUACCCUGUGGGUGCCUAAUUUCCUGCUCCAGGCCAGCCCAUCAACCCCCAUGGCCGCAUCUACCCUGAGGAGAUGAUCCAGACCGGGAUCUCGCCCAUCGAUGUGAUGAACAGCAUCGCCCGGGGCCAGAAGAUCCCCAUCUUCUCUGCUGCUGGGCUCCCCCACAAUGAGAUUGCUGCACAGAUCUGCCGGCAGGCUGGGCUGGUGAAGAAGUCCAAGGACGUGAUGGACUACCAUGAUGACAACUUUGCCAUCGUCUUCGCUGCCAUGGGGGUGAACAUGGAGACAGCUCGCUUCUUCAAGUCGGACUUUGAGGAGAACGGCUCCAUGGAGAAUGUGUGCCUCUUCCUCAACCUGGCCAAUGACCCCACGAUUGAGCGGAUCAUAACACCCCGCCUGGCCCUGACCACUGCUGAGUUCCUCGCCUACCAGUGCGAGAAACACGUGCUGGUGAUCCUGACAGACAUGAGCUCCUAUGCCGAGGCCCUGCGGGAGGUGUCAGCAGCCAGGGAGGAGGUGCCCGGCCGCCGCGGCUUCCCUGGCUACAUGUACACCGACCUGGCCACCAUCUACGAGCGGGCUGGGCGCGUGGAGGGCAGGAAUGGCUCCAUCACGCAGAUCCCCAUCCUGACCAUGCCCAACGAUGACAUCACCCACCCUAUCCCCGACCUGACGGGCUUCAUCACUGAGGGGCAGAUCUACGUUGACCGGCAGCUCCACAACAGGCAGAUCUACCCCCCCAUCAAUGUACUGCCCUCCCUCUCCCGCCUGAUGAAGUCGGCCAUUGGGGAGGGCAUGACCAGGAAGGACCACGGGGAUGUGUCCAACCAGCUGUACGCCUGCUACGCCAUCGGGAGGGACGUGCAGGCGAUGAAGGCGGUGGUGGGGGAAGAGGCGCUCUCGCCCGAUGACUUGCUUUACCUGGAGUUCUUGCAGAAGUUCGAGAAGCAAUUCAUCACCCAGGGUCCCUACGAGAACCGGACCAUCUUUGAGUCCCUGGAUAUCGGUUGGCAGCUGCUGCGCAUCUUCCCCAAGCAGUUGCUCAAGCGCAUCCCUGAGAGCAUCCUGGCCGAGUACUACCCGCGUGAUGCCAAAGCACCGGGCCAGGGGCCGGCCAGCACGGCCCUCUAACCCCUGAGCUCUGGGCUGAGCUGGUCAGCUCUGGGGAGCAAGCCCUGUGUCCCUGAAACCAUCCACAGGUCCCUCCUGUGGGGCUGCUGAGCAGGUGCAGAGGGCUGUGGGUCCUUGGCACCAGCAUCCCAAAGCGGUCAGAAACCUUCUCUCCUUGCUCAAUAAAACC